GACAAUUGUGAUACAAGUAACUGAAGUCGAAACGUUUUUGUGAAACAAAAUGCAAUCGCCUGUGUUAGCCGCUAACUGCCAUCUUUAGCCAAACAUCAAAACAGGGGCGGUUGAGGGAGUGAGCAGGGAGUGAAGAGGUGGGAUUUGUAGUUCUAAAUUAUCUUGCCUUUCACCUCCCCUAGUGCAUUUCCUCCCUUUAAAAACUACAUUUCCCAUGGCAGUAAUAAAAGAGAGGCUUAUAGUGAAUAAUUCGCAGGCGUUAAGGGAUUGUAGUUUAUCUGGUACAACAGACAACUCAAAAGCCGGUUGGUUUCAACUAAAACGGACUACAAGUCCCAAACUGCUAAGUGACGUUGUUAUAGUCAUCGUUUUACUCGAUGCGAGAAGACGCAUCGGUGCCUCUGAGAUGUUGUUAAAUUCCACGAAAGCUAAUAAAAAAUCACACUUUGAGUAAUGUUUUAACAUCAUGGAGGUAAUCGAGACAAUUGUGAUACAAAGUACUGAAGUGGAAGGAAAGGAAACGGUCGUGUCCAGCGUGGAUAAAAGCAGAGCAGAGUUUAUAUGGACACUGCAGGCGACAUGGCACCUUGUCAACACCAGACUAGAAAUGGACCAGGCUUUUGAUCAGCCAGUAUGCAAGAAGAAGAAACUGUGGGAGAUGGUGGCGGAGAAAGUGAACGCCAAACUGAGGGAGUCAGAGGUCACCGAUGUCACCGUGAAGGCGUACGAGUGUGACCUCAAGUGGAGAAACAUGCUUGCCACGUACAGGAAGAACGCCGAGAGGGCCAAGAGGCUGGGGGCGGCCAGCGUCCACUGGGAGUUCUUCAAGGCCAUGCACGAGGUCCUGGGUAAGAGCCGGGAGGAGAUGGAAGCCCAGCAGAGGGCCAAGCUCAGCGGGACGAGAGUGGGCAAGGCCAUAGCCAGCAAGAGGUUCACCCCGAUCCUCCCGACACCUCCCGCGACAGCUGCUGCCUGCGCUGCCCGGCCUCCGCAGGACGUCCUACAGCUGUACAUGGAGCUGCAGGAGAGGAAGAUGAACAUGUGGGCCCAGCAGAAAGCCCUGGAGGAGAGGAAGAUAGAGGCUAUUAACAACCUGGCCCAGGCCAUCUCCAGCCUGGCUCAGAAGAACAGCACAGAGAUGGCAAAGGAUGGACAUUAGACUGAACACUUUUAUGAUACUGCACAAGGAAAACGGUUUGUUAUGAAUGUUUUUAGAUUGGUCAUGUUUGCACAUUUUUUUACUGUUACAUUUUUAAGAAUAGUUUGGCCAGUCUGAACUGUGUAGGGCUGAACUUGACACAGAAAAUGGGACGUAUGGGACACAGACUCACAUAUCACACCCUAGGCAGCUUUAGUUUGUACUGCAAACUGAUGAGAUGCCUCCUCAAAGUUUCUGUUGAUGGAUGUAAACAUCACGUUUUUUUUGUUUUUUUUUACCAAAAGAGAAGAGUGAAUUAUGGAUAGCAAAUGUUGGAGAGUAAAAAAAACUAAAAUAUUACUCACAAAGAUUAUACACAGAUAUCCUACCACCACUAUGCAAGAGUAGAACAUGUGACAAACUGAAACAGAAAUGAUCACGACAUGAUUGUGAUCAUUGUUCAAGGGAAGUCACAGUUAGACUAAAACACACUUAAGUGAAAAUAUGUAUGCUGAUUCCUAAGAGGUAUCAAUAACAGUAUUCAUAGACACGCUUGUACCGUUAAUGUAUUACUAAUAUACACUCUGUUAUCAGACAGUAUGAAUAACUUCCCCAUGUAUUCCAAUAAACAGUCCUGCAAUAAAUACUACUCUGUCCACACCCAGGCGGUGGACAGAAUAUUAGGAACACUA